ACAGCACCGUGUGCAUUGGGAUUAAGCGUCGUAUAAUUUAUCUUAAAUUAUUUUAUCAUAAAACUGGGUUGUAUUAUUUAUGAGGGCCAACAGAUAAUGUUUAAAGGACGUGUGAGAUGAGCUUCGACUGUAAAUGACUGUCUGUGUGAUGGAGAGAAGAUGGAAGAAACCGAUAAGAGCGUGAUAUGAUAUACUGAUAUGAAUUCAAGCGAUUCAGCUUUAAGGAAUAUUAGAAAAACAAGGGUUCCUCUUUUAGAUUAAUAAAACUUUGUUUUUUAAUACCUUAGCAAGAUUCUCGUUGAAUUAAAAAAAAUGAUGAGAUUUUUUAAUCGAUACCUGUUACUAAAUACUGAUGAAUCUUGAGGAGCUGAAGGGAGAGACUCAGUUUGGCACGGAUUCCCCGCCCCUCGGUUUAUUCGCUCACCUAGUCCAGCGGGAUCAGAUCGACCACUCUCUGUCCGAUAAAUCUGGAUGUGUAAAUCUUUUAAACAAGUUGAAUGGUUUUUGAACCAUUAGCGUCAACCUAAGUUCAUGUUUUGAUCUGUGAAGCGACGUGUUUACCUCGUUCAACUCAGUGAACGAGAAAUGAAUUCACUCUUAAGGAAAAGCGUCUCAGGGAAUAUGUCUCUUCCUUUCACCACACUGAUGCCGAUCUCUGAGAAGGAAGUGAAUUUCAGCUGUGUCUUUGAUGAGGAGUUCAAGUACAUUCUGCUACCUGUAUCAUAUUCCCUGGUGUGUUUCCUGGGACUGAUACUUAACUCUGUGGCUCUCUGGAUGUUCAUCACUAAGAUGAGGCCCUGGAAACCCAGUACUGUUUAUAUGUUCCAUCUGGCGCUGUCAGAUACGCUCUACGUGCUGUCCUUGCCUAUGCUGAUAUACUACUAUGCAAAUCGCAGCCACUGGCCUUUUGGGGUUUUUCUCUGUAAGAUUGUACGGUUUCUUUUCUAUUCUAACUUGUAUUGCAGCAUCCUGUUUCUCACUUGCAUCAGUGUGCACCGCUAUCUUGGUAUCUGUCAUCCCAUUCGCACUCUGACUUUGGUAAAGCCACGCCAUGCUCAUAUGGUGUGUGGUUUUGUCUGGACAACUGUGAUAGCUUGUCUGGUGCCCACGUUGAUUUUUGUAAACACUUCUCAGAGAGGAAAUGACACUUUGUGUCAUGACACCAGCCGUCCGGACGAAUUCAACAACUACGUAACCUACAACUCAGUGCUGAUGGUCUUGCUGUUCAUCCUGCCAUUUCUGGUCAUAAUGGUUUGCUACUGUUUAAUGGCCCGGGCCCUUUGCCAACCUCGAAAGGGCCUGUCCCAAAGUCAACAGAGCUCAUCACGGAAGAAGUCCAUUAAACUUAUCAUAGUAGUGCUGGUUGUGUUUGCGAUCUGCUUUGUACCCUUCCACAUCACCCGUUCGCUGUACUACGGCUAUCGUAUUCUAGACGCAAAUUGCCGGUCCCUUAAUAUCGUCAACUUUGCGUAUAAAAUCACUCGCCCGCUUGCAAGCAUGAACAGCUGUUUGGACCCUGUCCUCUACUUCCUGGCAGGGGAUCACUACCGCUCGAAACUCCUCAGAGCGUUCACCAGACAAACUCCGAAUACUCGUUCUACUGCGUACGCGCACGAAAACAACAUCGGGCCCGUCUUAAAGAACUCACAUGCCCAUGCUGGCACUGAGACGAGACUCUAAAGCCACGUACCCAUACAUUUUGGGUAAUCUUUUAAAAAGCAGUUUUGGGAGGCUGCCUCAAAUUUCGUAAGACAUCCCAAGUGUUCUCUAUCAACAGUCAAGUUUUGUUCAAUCCAGUCUCGUUGUAACACUACGGCGUAGAUAAAAGUAAAGGAAUCUCUUUGGAGAAAGGACGUGGUUUGCUUUCUUUGUGCACUCCUAAUGUUUUUUGAUUGACUGUUAAUGAUUGCUGGUAAUGUAGUGCAGCUCGUUUUAUCCAAUCACUCCUGGUAACCUGUAAUGUUGAAGUUUCUCACUGUUGGUCAAGGACACAACUUGGCAGUGUUGGGGUUCUGUCAACACUGAAAACAAAACCUACUCUAUAUCCCAGAGAUGGACUCUGUCCUGUGUCUGUUACUACAGAAAUGCUGGUACAAAGCAUUUUGUGUGUUCUGUUAUGUCUGAAGGUCCUAUGUUAGGUGUGAAAUCGUACUGCAAAAAAGUAGGACUUUAGUUUUCAUAGUAUUUCACCAAUGCUAGAAAUGAUUCUUGUAUUGAUUAUUAAUGAAUGCCUAUGAAAACUUUAUAAUUAAUUUUAACAGAGGAGAGACCAAAUACUGUUGAAAUGUCAUUUAUAUGAAUGAAACGGAAAAGUUGGAAACCGUUUAAGCCACUUUGAGUGAAAGGUGAAUGGUUGUGGGGGAGGCUGAAAUGCGAGCUUCAGUUGUGCAGAUAUUCCCACUUGGCUUGCUUCAUUCCUUGUACAGCUGUUUUUGUCCUUUGGCGAAGCAGAUCUACAGCUGUGUUGCUGUACAUGUGUGUUUGUGUGUAUUUGUGAGUAAUUGCAUAGCAGGGCUGAAUGAAGGAAAAAAAAAGAUUGAAGAAAUCAGAUCCGCUUGGGCGUAUUGCAGAGAGCAAAUUUUUUUUUUUUUUUUCCCCGGAUGUAACCUCUUUGUAAAUGUUUGAGUUUAUGCAUUUUAUUAUUUCAUGCUUAGUUUCUUGUAAACUAAUGUAAAUAUUUUAUGACAGUUCCUGGUCAUGGUAUUUGUUUAAUUUUAAAUUGUGUUUACAUCAUGUGUGUGACGGUUUUGCGUGUAUAUUCUGUCUGUUUUAUAUUCCCCUCCCUGAUACAAACAAAAUCAGAACUAAAAUAAACCAGAGGGAAACCAUACCACACUGUUGCAAAAAUAUUUUUUUUACAAAAUACUUAAGAUGAAUAAAGGGAUCUAUUUUAUUUAGAACACGCUAGAAAAUGUAUGCUAUGUCUGCUAUGUGCUUUUUUAUACGGCCAAGCAUUUAUGUAUGAAUCAUUUCAACUUUUUUUGGAUAUUGUGUACAUUAAAAUGCUUUUUUUAACUAUUUAUAUACUGUACAGUAGGAAAUUGUGGUUGCCAUUCAAGGAAACUUGCAUUUUUUUGCAUCAGCCCAAAUGCUAUUUAUUAGUAUCAAAAAGCAAAAAAGUAAUUUGAUAUUUUAAUGUGAUAUUGCAUUAUCAUAAUGUACUAUACCUGUCAAAAGUAAGAAAGUAGGAAAGCUUUUUAAUGUUUAAACAGUAAGAAAGAUUUUUUUAUUAAAAGAAGUCUCUUCUGCUCACCAAGCCUGCAUUUAUUUGAUCCGAAGUACAGCAAAAACAGUACAAUUUUGAAAUAUUUUUUCUUUUUAAAAUAACUGUUUUCUAUUUGAAUAUAUUUUAAAAUGUAAUUUAUUCAUGUGAUUUUAGUGCUGAAUUUUUAACAUCAUUACUCCAGUCACAUGAUCCUUCAGAAAUCAUUCUAAUAUUCUGAUUUGCUGCUUAAAAAACAUUUAUUAUUAUUAUUAUUAUGUUUGCUGAGUAGAAAACAAACAAAACAAAACAAAAAAUUAUAAAAUUAUAAUGACUCCAAGCUGUUGAAUGGUAUAGUGUAUAAUGUUACAAAAGUUUUUUAUUUCAGACAAAUGCUGAUUUUUGAAUCCUGAAAAAUAAUGUACUCAACUGUUUUAAAUAUUGAUAAUAAUAAUAAUAAUAAUAAUAAUUAUAAUAAAAAAUGUUCCUUGAACAGCAGUUCGACAUAUUAGAAUAAUUUCUGGAGGAUCGUGUGACACUGAAGUCUGGAGUAAUGAUGCUGAAAAUGUAGCUUUUAUCGAAGGAAUAAAUUACGUUUUAAAAUAUAUUCAAAUAGAAAGCAGUUAUUUUAAACAGUAAAAAUACUCAAAUAUUGUAAUGUGUUUGCUGUGGAUCAAAUAAAUGCAGGCUUGAUGAGCAGAAGAUUAUUUAAAAUGCAUUAAAAAUCUGCUACACACUGUUUGUGUGUAUAUAUAUGUGUGUGUGUUUGUUUGUAUGUAUUUUCCAUAUAUUUAUAUAUUUGUAUUUUUAAGUUGUGAAGGAAGUGAUGGCUCUUGGGGUCUCAGGAUAAAGCUCUUCAUUUUUUCUUUCAAACAGUAGAGGUCCCCAGAGCUGUUUUCAAAUGCUUUUAAUGAGGAACAUGUGCGUUGACUUCAUACCCAUGUAUCCUUGAGCUCUCUGUCCAAUGCUUUUGAUUGUGAUAAAUAGACCUGUUGGCUGCUGCUUUUGUUGUGGGGUUGUUGAGGUCAUGAAUAGUUUAAUGCAGGAGAUGGAGAGUUAAUGUCCCCUUAUUUUUUGCACUAAAAUCACCCUGAGUAUUUGGAAGCAGGUAGCAUCAAAUAAAACAAGGCCCAUGCACAAUACAUGAAUAUAAAUAAUGAAAAAGGUGACUACAGUGUGAACUGUGUAAAGUUUACUCUGCUAUGGAUUUCUGUUCAAAAUAGGACCUUUGUAAAUAACCUCUGUGAAUAAUACAAUUAAAAGCAAACAAAUAAGUA